AUGGAGCCGAAGAAGUCGUCAGAUUCCGUUGAUUCUAUUGAUUCUGGCCAUGCUUCUCCCAAGCUUUCCUCCUCAUCGUCCUCGGAUUCAUCGAUGAAGUCGGUGGAUCCACCAAUCAAGUCAUCAGCUCGUCGUGGAUCAAAAGUGUCGUUUGGGGUGUCGGACGCGCCAUCUGAUGACUCCAACACCUCGUACACAUUCAACAACCACACCAGGGUGGUGAUCAUGGUUAUUGUGACCUGGUGCUUGAGUAUGUUGAUAGCGAAUGCUACAGCGUUGAAUUUUACUGUUAUUUGCAUGCGACAGCCUGACACGCCGUUUUCUAGUCAAGUUGCGACUUUUGGCGAAAAUGGUACCAGUAGUACUAUUAAUGGUACCAGUAGUACUGUUAAUGGUACCAGUAGUACCAGUUUGGAGAAGUUGUUGGAAAAUGGUGCAAAUGGUGCAAAUAAGACUGAAAAUGAAAAUUACAUGUUCACGAGCAUGCAAAACAGUUGGUUGUUCAGUUCGAUCGCUUUAGGAGCACUAGUUGGAACGUUACCUAUUGCCAAGCUGAAUUUGAAAUAUGGAGCGAGGUAAAAUACGAAUACAGAAUCGUCAUUUUUAUGUUUUUAAGCUACUUUUUAAUUUUGUUUUAAAAAAUUUUAAAUUUUGACAAAAAUUUUUAAAUUUAAAUUUUGGCGGGAAAAACAAAAUUCAAAAAAUUUUUUGAAAAUUUUGAAAAUUUGGGUUUAAAAUACGUUAGUAAGUUUUACUUUUGUGCCGUUUUGACAAAAAAAAAUUUUAGGCUUGUUUUUACGGCUUAUGGGGCCAUUUCGGCUAUCUUCACCUUGGCUCUGCCCUUUGUUGCACCAUUUGGAUUCUGGCCGGUAUUGGCUUCCAGAUUCUUGGUUGUAAGUUGAUUUUUAUUUUUUUUUGUAAAGUACGGAUUUUUUUUCUUUCUUUUUGAUAGGUUAAGACAAUAUUUUGAAAAAAAAGUUGGGUCUCACCACGAUUGUUUUUACUUUUAUUUAUUCUUAACAAAAGCUGGUUAAUAAGCCAAUAAUAGAGUGGGCAAAACGUAUUUUACAAAAAUAAAAAUUUUGCAAAAUUUAGGGUAUUUCCUUCGCUUUAACUCUACCAGCCACCGGCAUUGUGGUCGCUGAUUGGUCCUCAAUCAAGCGAUCCGGAACUUACGUCGCCCUGCUGUCAAUGCAUCUACAACUUGGCCCCAUUAUUGCUAUGCCUUUGUCCGGAAUGUUGUGUGAAAGCCCAUUGGGCUGGCCUAUGGUCUACUACGUUUUGGGAGCGGUUACUACGCUGAGCUUCGUCGUAUUUUAUGUUUUCUACCGAGACUCGCCGGAAAUGCACAGGUAAGACAAAAUGAGUUGGUUUGGAAAGAAAGUUUUUGCAAAUUUUUAAAUUUUUUGGGGUAUUACUUAUUAUAUUCAUGGGCAUCUAGAAAGGUCAAUUUUGAAGUUUUUUGUUGACUGGAAACAAAGUUAUUGCGCUUUUAAAACCAUACAUUUAUAUAUGAUUGUACAAAAAAUCUUGCGCUACUAACUCUGCAAAUUUGUUUUGAGAGAUAGCUCAAAAUUAUUUGAACAACGUAAUAAAGAGCAAGCGCUAUAAAAAAAUUUUAAAAUUUUUUAUGAAAUUUAUUAUCUGGAAACAAAGUUAUUGCAUCUUUUCACAAACUAAAGCCUAACUUUGUCCAAUCUAGCAAGUUAAGCAACAGUGCGCUUGAUUAAACCCAGGUUCGAGCCCGCACAGCUUUCAUUUUUUCAGUUUUUGAAUAAAAAAGGGUUGUAAACAAAGUUUUUGCAACUUUUCUUUUUAGUAUUUUAAUCUUCAAUGUUUUUGCUCUUUAUAACAUUUAUUUUGCUUAACCACUUAUCUUAUUUAUACCCAAAAAUGACUGUUUUCAAGAAGUGUUUUUAUUUUUUUUGUGCGUUUUCUGUCCAAAUUUUUUAGUUUUUUAAAAAAAGGAGGUUGUAAACAAAGUUUUUGAAAUUUUUCUAGGCAACAUAUAAAUCUUCGAGGUUUUUGUUAUCUAACGAUAUUUAUCUGUCUCAAUUACUUAUCUUAUUCAUGAAUCCCUCCCAUUGAGACCUCGCGCCCAUUGAGACCCCGGGUCCAUUGAGACCCCGAGACCAUUGAGACCCCAAACGCCCAUUGAGACCUUGAAAGGAGGUUCGGCGGAGAGUCGGCGGAGACUUUAGGGAAUUCGGCGGAGGGCCGGCGGAGACUUUAGGUAGUUCGGCGGAGGGUCGGCGGAGGCUUUAGGGGUUCGGCGGAGACUUUAGGGAAUUCGGCGGAGACUUUAGGGGAUUCGGCGGAGGGUCGGCAGAGACUUUAAGAGAUUCGGCGAAGACUUUUAUGCAUCCGGCGGGUAUAUACCCGAUUUUACCCCUAACCUUUUUAGCCCUACCCAAACUUACCUUUGCCCUUUCUACCAUACCCAACUAUACCAUACCCAUCCUUUAUAAUAUACCAUAAGAUAUCCUGUGUUACAUACUAUACCAUACCCAUCUUACUAAACAUACCAUACCAAACUAUACCAUACUCUACCCUAUUGUACCUAAUAUACCGUAUCCUACCAUAACCUAUUCUAUCUACCAUACUAAACCCUACAAUACCCCUACCAUAUUAUAACAUGCCAUACCCUACCAUACAAUACCAAACCUUACAAUACCAUACCAUACCAUUCUAUACCAUUCUAAACUGUACCAUACCUUACCUUAUUCAACCUUAUACAAAACUACCGUGUACUAUCCGUGGGUAUGGUAGAAUAAGUAAGUAAAACAACAUAUAUAGUAUAACAUAGUGUAGUAUAGUAUGGCAUAUGAUGACAUACUGUGGUAUGUUAUCUCAGGGUGUGGUAUGGUAGAUAGGAUAGGUUAUGGUAAGGUAUGGUACGAUACGGUAAGUAGGGGUAAAGUCGGAUAAAGCUAAAAAGGUCAGGGGUAAUCCCCUAAAGUCUCCGCCGACCCUCCGCCGAAUUCCCUAAAGUCUCCACCGAACCUUCUAAAGUCUCCGCCGACCCUCCGCCGAAUCCCCUAAAGUCUCCGUCGAACCUCCGCCGAAUCCCCUAAAGUCUCCGCCGACCCUCCGCCGAAUCCCCUAAAGCCUCCGCCGAAUCCCCUAAAGUCUCCGCCGACCCUCCGCCGAAUCCCCUAAAGUCUCCGCCGACGCUCCGCCGAACCUCCUUUCAAGGUCUCAAUGGGCUCGGGGUCUCAAUGGACCGGGGUCUCAAUGGGCGCGAGGUCUCAAUGGGUUUCAGUGCUUAUUCAUACCUAAAAAUGACUGUUUUCAGGAACGUCUCCCUGAAAGAAUUGUCCAAAAUCCAGCGUGGAAAAGUGAAAUGUUCAAAAGAACAAUGCCAAACUGAAAAGAUCCCCUACGGCAAAAUCUUGAAAGAUCCAGCCGUGCUUGGUACCCAAAUUUGUGCACUUGGAUCUCGUGUUGGUUUCCAGAUAUUCGCCUUGUAUGGUCCGUUGUACUUGAACAAGGUAUUGCAUCUGAACAUACAUCACACCGGAUUUAUGGCUGCUCUGCCUUCAGUCAUUGCCUUGAUGGUGAAGUUCAUUGUUGGACCGGCUAGUGACAAAAUGACGUGUAUGAGUCAUAAGCUGAGGGUUCAGUUAUUUGCUACGAUAUCACAGUUCUGCAUGGCUGGCUGCUUCAUUGGACUGGCGUUUCUGCAGGCUGGAAAUAUUUGGCUGGCUCAGGCACUUUUUACUGGUAAGUUGAAGAGUUUUUGAAGGUAGGGUAUGGCAAUGUAUUGUACAGGAAAAUUGAUUAGUGGCUUGGCUUGGCAAGGUAUUGUAAAGUGAAAAAAAUUAGUAGGGUAGGGCACGGCAAUGUACAAUAGAGAGAAAUAAAGUACAGUAGAGUAGAAUAAAGAAUGGCGUGGUACAGCAGAGGCAAAAAUUACAAUAUGGUAGGGUAGGUAAGGUCGUAGGGUAAGGCAGGGUGGGGUAGAGUUGUUUUCCGUCCGCGAUAGCCGGGCUUGACCCAAAUUUAUGCGGGGCAGGGCCUGAAAAUUGUACCCGGCCCGUUCCUCAUGCCUAGUUGUUUGGCUGCGCAGGCUGCGGAUGACAACUUAUACGCUUGGACAGAAAGUGCUUUUUCUAGGUACUGUAGGAGAGAUGGUGGGGUAAGACAAGGCAUAGUGUAAGUUAAGUUCAAGUGUAGAGUAGGGUAGGGUAGGGUAAAUUAUCUAAUAUUAUCAUAAGUUAUGUAAUGUCAUCAUACCACAAUAUUGAACUUUCUACCUAAACAUAUGAUACGUAUCAACUUGCCUUUUGUUUUUGUUGACGUAUCCAAUGGACGUGACAUUUUACUUUUUUUGCAAUUUUGUUUUGGUCAAUUGUGAAAUAUGUGAUGCCAAAGGGCAUAAACAACCAAAAAUAAGUAGUUUUGUGUUUACUGUAACUUGAGAUUACUUCCUAAUCACUCCCAAAAUAGAAUAGUAUUGUAAAGAAGAGAAAAGGAAAAGCAAAGGUCAGAAAUACAAUGAUUACUUACUGUUAAGGGAUCAAUCUUCAAAAAGUAGGGGUUUUGUAAUUAGGUACGGGGGGGAUACCAUACCAUACUAUACCAUACCAUACCAUACCAUACCAUACCAUACCAUACCAUACCAUACCAUACCGUACCAUACCAUACCAUACCAUACCAUACCAUACCAUACCAUACAAUACCAUACCAUACCAUACCAUGCCAUACCAUACUAUAUCAUACUAUACCAUACCCUACCCUACAUUUUCUCUACAGUACUUACUAUCGUACAGUAUCCCACUUUAUAUAUCUGACCGUACUGCCCUACCUUAUCCAUCAGUACCUUAACUUACUUUACAGUAAAUUACCUUAUUUUACCUUACCCUACUUACUAUAAAAACUAAAUAUUAAUAUUAAAAUACCUUCUCCAUAACAUAACUUUAACAAUUUCAGGAGUGACAGUCUUUAAUGGCAUUAACUCAGUCGGCGCCACCAAGUCCAGUCAACUCAUAGCCGGUCGCUUCGCCUCAGUCUUAAUGUCCUUCCAGUCCUACAUCAACUCAUUAGUGGUACUACUGGUACCACAAAUCAUUGGCCUGGUAGCACCACACGCUAAUCAAGAAGGCUGGAGUUGGAUUCUGUUAUCAGUGGGGCUUCUAGUCAUCGUUUGUGUCCUGAUAUUCGAUAUCACGGCCAAAGCUGAGACCAGGAAGUGGGCUCGUGAGCUGCCAAUGAUAAGGAAGUGCGGUCAAUGUAUUGAGGUACCAGUGGAGCCGAGGACCGGCCGAAGAGGUAGUGCCAUCAGUACCACCACCAUCAUGAGUAUGAUCGACAGUGAUGAUGAAUGA